GUGGGGUAUACCUUCGUCACCGACGCUUCAAAAACAAUUGCACGUGUCAGCAAAAACAUAUCCGGCUUUCAACUUGAACAUGGACGUAUCAUAGAUAUUGAAGUGCGGUUUCACCUAUCUACGUUAAUCAAUUGCUCCAUGCCAUUAUUGAUUCCUUUAUGAUUAACUCCCAAUUCAAAUUUAUUAAAGCCGGAAUCCAAAGACAAUGGGUGCCAAUCAAUCUGGUCGAAUGGACAAAACCCUUUAUGGGCAGGAAGUAAAUUUUGAUCAUUUUCAAAUUCUACGAGCCAUUGGAAAAGGUAGCUUUGGAAAAGUAUGUAUUGUUCAAAAGAAAGAUACCAAGCAAAUGUUUGCUAUGAAGUACAUGAAUAAACAUCAAUGUUUGGAACGCGAUGCGUUAAAAAACGUUUUAAAGGAAGUGGAAAUUUUAACAAAACUGGAACAUCCCUUUUUAGUUAAUAUUUGGUUUUCCUUCCAGGACGAGGAAGAUUUUUUUAUGGUGACCGACUUACUUUUGGGAGGUGAUUUAAGAUUUCACAUUCACCAGGAAGUACAUUUUUCAGAAGAAUCCAUUAAACUAAUGAUAUGUGAGUUGGCAUUAGCUUUGGACUACUUGCAAACAAAAAACAUUAUACACAGAGAUAUUAAGCCUGAUAAUAUAUUACUCGAUGAAGAAGGCAAUAUCAAACUAUUUUUAGGACAUUUCCAUUUAACAGAUUUUAAUAUAGCAACUGUUCUUAAUGACAAUGAACUUGCCACGUCAAUGUCGGGAACAAAACCAUAUAUCGCCCCAGAGAUUUUUGAUUGUGCUGUGGAUUUAUGUGUUGGAUACUCCUACGCAGUAGACUGGUGGUCGUUGGGCGUUGUUGCUUAUGAAGCAUUGGCACGUGCAAGACCUUAUGACAUACACUCAACAACAAGUUUUCAGGAUGUUAGAAUUUUAUUUCAAUUGGGAUAUGAAUUUCCGAAAAAAUGGAGCGAUGGUAUAUGCGAUUUGUUAUCAAAGCUACUGGCAAAUAGUCCAGGAUUAAGAAUAUCAUCAUUACAAGAGGUUAAGCAAGUAAAGUGCCUUCAAAAAUAUGACAUGGAUAUGGUAUUUCAAAGGAUGUAUACACCAGCAUUUGUACCUGCUAAGGACCAUUUAAACUGUGAUCCAACUUUUGAGCUGGAAGAAAUGAUUGUAGAAACUAAGCCUCUACACAAGAAGAAAAAGAGAUUGGCAAAGCAACGUUCUUUAAGAGAAAUCCAAGGUUCUCUAAGUAUAGACAUGGACGUAGAUUCGCCAAUAAAUGUCCAAACUUCAAUUGUUCCCGAGUUCAUAGUUUACAACAGAUACCAAGAAAUUGAGAAGAGGGAGAGAGAAGAGAAGGAAGAGGCUUGGGAAAAUGAGUUGGAAUUGGCAAUGUGUUCGCCAAAUGACCAGAAAAAAGAAGAGGAACUACCAAACUCUUCACAGAAUAGCGAUACCCAAAAACAAAAAAAGAGUCAAUUUAGAAAACUUAGUAAAUGUGGUAUUUUAAAAAUUAAUUUAAUGAAAAGCUCAGAAGACAUUCCGGAAGAACCGUGGGAAGGUUGUUCAACCAGAAUUGGGUAUUUAAGUUUACCAAAAAGUGAUAACCCAGUUACACAAAUUAACGAAGUCAAAUUACAAAACAUAGAUUACAUUGACAGGACACCAUCUCCAGUAGAACAGCGUCUUUAAUGGAAUACAUACAAUUUAUAUUAAAACAUUUUGUACGGCACAGUAUACAACAUUUGACCAAGUUAACA